AUGAAAAAGAUUGAAGCUUUACCAAUUGCAAGAUCCAGUGAUGUUAAGUUCCGAAUCGCAAAAACCUUAGGAGAGAUGGAGUUGACAGAUCACAAUAAGUCAUCUCUGUUUGAAGAGGGAGUUCUAGAUUCCCUUCUUUCCUUGUUGUCACAUGGUGAAAUUGAAGUAAAACAAGCAGGUGUGAAAGCCCUUCUAAACCUCUCUAGUUUACCAAAGAAUGGACAGGAAAUGAUCAGGAAAGGUGUUAUGCGUCCACUGCUUGAUACGUUGUACCGUCACACAUCUUCCCAAAGUCUGCGGGAACUUGUAGCAGCCACUAUUACAAAACUUGCCUUCUCAGCAAGCAUUGAAAUACAGGUUUCACUGUUUGAUGCUGAUGAAGACAUUUAUGAACUCUUUUCCCUAGUUAACGUGAAUGGCCCAGCUGUGCAGCAAAACAUUCUCCAGGCUUUCUGCGCCAUGUGUAAGUCUCCAUCUGCUGCUAGUGUCAAGGCAAAGCUAGUACAGUGCUCAGCUGUCCAAGUGCUAGUGCAAUUCUGUGAGCAUGGCAAUUCAACUGUUCGGUCAGAUGCAGUCAAAUUAUUCUGUUGCUUGAUUGAAAAUGGCGAUGAAACUAUGAUCCAGGAGCACGUGGGCCAAAAGUUCAUUGAAAUAUUACUUAAGAUCAUCAAGACUUCUGAGGACGAAGAAGAGAUUGCUUGUGCAAUGGGGAUCAUCUCUAACCUUCCCCAAUCUCCUCUAGUCUCUGAGUGGCUUUUUGCAGCGGAAGGACUUCCAGUGUUUUCCAGAUUUCUUCCUGAGGUAAAGCAUAAGAGUUCCUGUAAGCUUCAGUUGGUAGAAAAUGCUGUUGGGGCAUUAUGUCAUUUCACCGUCUCAAUAAACCAGCAAACACAGAGGGUAGCUGGCCUUGUUCCCAAGCUGGUGCGGCUGCUAGACCUGGGAACAAGCUUGACAAAAAAACGAGCUGCAGUUUGUCUUGCACAGCUUUCAGAGAAUUCACAAACACUGAGUCGUCCAAUCCCAAGGAGUAACAGGUUAUGGUGCUUCUCACCUUCACAAGUAGAACUUUGCCCUGUUCACCGAGGGAUAUGCACACUGGAAACUUCAUUUUGUUUGGUAGAGGCUGGGGCGGUGGGACCUCUGGUGAGGGUUCUUGGGGAUCCAGAUCCUGGAGCCUGUGAAGCUUCUUUAGAUGCCUUAUUGACUUUAAUUAAGGAUGAAAAACUUCAAAGUGGUGCUAAAGUUCUUGCUGAAGAAAAUGCCAUACCAUCAAUGAUAAAGCUACUAGGUAGUCCUUCCCCCGAACUGCAACAAAAGGUUCUGAACUCAUUAGAAAGAAUUUUUAGGUUGCUGGAAUACAAGCAGAUGUAUGGAUCCUCUGCUCAGAUGCCUUUAGUUGACUUGACACAACGAGGAACUAGCAACAUCAAAUCUUUAGCAGCAAAGGUACUUGCUCAGUUGAAGGUGCUUCAUGAUCAGUCCUCUUUUUUCUAACAGCAGAACCAUGAUCGUUACGGGCACACAGUCCAUGUAGAUGAAGAAAUUGGUUACAGUUAGACUCAAGAACCGCAGGCAACAUAAUUUUUUUUCUUUUGAAUUUUUUGCAUUUUUAAGAAUAGGGGUUUAGUAACAAUCAAAUACUUCAGGUUUUGAUUCUUUAUCUUUGAUAAAACCUGAUUUAUGUGUCAGCGGGAAACAAGCAAUUUGCUCUGACCUCCCCAUGACAGAGUGGUCGCUCAUGCCCUUUUUGUAUAAUAUGUAUUCUUUAGUCAUCUAAGUCGUAGCCAAUUGAUUCAGCUGUAAUAUAUUCUGAAUUCUUUACUGAUGAAAGUAAUAGCUUAUUGAUU